AUGUCCCUAAAAUAUUUUCCCAAGUUCUUAACACCUUGGCUCAUAGCAUUCUGCAUGCUGUGGCUGCAUAGGUACAUCAGACUUAUUGUCCACUGCUAUAGUCACUGGACUUACAAGUCUAAGCCGAUCCCAAUAAAGCCCUCCUACACCGCAGAUGAUGUCACGGUUGUGAUUCCCACGAUCCACGACAACUUGGACGAGCUUCGGCCCUCGCUUGAAAGCAUUCUGGCCACACGGCCGCACCGGCUGAUCAUUGUCACAACCGCCGACAAGUUUAAAGAUCUGCAAGAGGUUAGAGAACGUCUCUCCAGCUCCAAAAUCUGCAUUCUCAGCACUCAGUACGCCAACAAACGUAUCCAGGUGUGCGAGGCCCUACCCAAAAUCACGACCCGCAUCACCGUCAUAGCCGAUGACGACGUGACCUGGCCAUCGACCAUAAUGCCGUGGAUCCUGGCCCCGUUCGAGGACCUGAAAAUUGGAGGCGUUGGCACAUGCCAGCGGGUAAAAAGGGUUAGGGAGGGAGGGUUGGCGCUCAGGGUAUGGAACUGGCUGGGCGCUGCCUACAUUGAGCGACGCAACUUUGAAAUUUCUGCAACACACAACAUGGACGGCGGUACUUCUUGCCUGUCAGGUCGGACUGGCGCCUACCGAUCUGAAAUCCUCCAGGACUACGAAUUCCGAGAAGGAUUCAUGAAGGAGGAGUGGUGUGGUAAGAUCCUCAAGGCCGACGAUGACAACUUUGUGAGCCGUUGGCUCGUUAGUCACCAGUGGAAAACUUGGAUUCAGUACGAGCCGGAAUGCGAGGUUGAAACCACGCUUGAAAACAACACAAAGUUUCUCUACCAAUGUCUAAGGUGGGCCAGGAGCAACUGGCGGAGCAACUGGACGAGCCUAAUUAAAGAGCGUUAUGUUUGGAAACAACAAUGGUGGUGCACAUAUGCGCUACACAUUGCGACCUUCACCUCACUUGCCUUUGCCUUUGACUUCCUCAUAUUGGCAGCUCUGUGGUGGGGAACUGAGUGCUGGAACCCGGUUUAUCGGAAGUUUACCUUUUAUGCGCAGCUCACUUUCCUGGGAUUUUCUAAAGUGGUGAAACUUGUAGGUUUGAUCCGGCGGUGCCCAGCAGACGCCGUUUACGUCCCCGUGUCAAUCCUUUUUGGAUACUUCCAUGGCUUCAUCAAGAUUUAUGCCGGUCUUACUUUGCAUAAGACCUCGUGGGGAAGCCGGGAUGAUGGCAACACUGGCAUACUCCAAGGCCCAGCCCUGUAUUUCAAGGCACAAGCGCAUGGCGACAGCACCGACCCCUAAGAAGUCAAGAUAAGGUGUGGCCUGUGCUUUUGACACUCGUUUCCUGGUGGCUCGAUAAUGUGGGCCUUCACUUCAGGUGUCAUAUGACCCUGAAACUGGUGUUAAUUGACUGGAGUGGGCUAGCACGAUCUAGGGUAUAGCGCUUUGAAGAUAUUAUGCUCCCAAUGCUGAUUAAGCGUUAGAAAUCCUGCGACGCAUAGAUAUAGCUAUUGUUUUGACGUUAAUGCUGGAUAAAAACAGCCUCAUGGAAUUCUUUACCACCUUCAUUUACUGCUGUAGCCAACUGAAUUCUCGAUGUUGCUGGUUGGACAUCGCUGCAUAUGCCUCGGAGUUUGAUUAAAUAGCACAAACAACGGGUAUGUAGAUAUAACAGUGUCACCUUCGAUUGUGCCACCCUGAUGGCACAGAAGACUCGGACGCGGCGGCGAGUUGAAACUUUUCGAUAGCCAAGCUGAAAUGAACAUUGACCUUGAGCUUCGACAUGACGGAUCGAGGAAAGCCUCAAGUAAAGCUUUUUGGGGCUCUGAGCUCCGUGCGUACAGGCCAGUCUGUUGAAGGUCGGGCAAUCCAGUCCGAGCUGUUACGAGUGAUGACCGGUAAGAAAGAGAGCAAGAAAAAAGUCAAAGGGAAAGGAAAAUGAAGCAGCAGAACAGGACAACUGGGGGGAGGGCAGAAGCGCAGUUAAUCAAGUAUGGCACACUGUAGUGGAUGGAAAUCAAGGAAAGGUCGGGCAAGAGAAAUGACGGUAGUUGAAG